AUGUGCGAUACGGGUUUUGUCAAGGCAACGGCUAGUAAUCUACCGACCAUAGACAUAUUUAUGGUCACAGAAUUUUUAAAAGCAGAUGAUCGAUUUAAUGCUGCAGAAGUUCGGGGUGCCAAAGCAUCAAUGGCAUGUCGCGAAAGUUAUGGAGAUAAAGCUAUAGGUUAUGUACAGCUGAAGCGAGAAGGAAACAUCUGCACCGUUAAAUGUCGCGUAUGUCCUGAACAUAAAGUUCGAAGUAAGGCUUAUGUGGCGACAAUAACUAUAAACGAAAAAGAUAAUGAAAUUCAGAAUGUCCAGUGUCAUGAUUGUGCUGCUGCGACAGGUGGAUGUAAGCAUGCCCUGGCAUUCCUCAUGUGGUUACAUCGACGAAGCGAAGACCCUGCUCCUACAGAAGUGGAAUGUUAUUGGAAAAAAUCUCGGUUAUCCGGUGUAGGAACUGCUAUCAAAUAUAUCGAAUCGAAGGAUCUAGGAAACCAAGACUCAAGAUCGGUGUUGAGUCAUCCUCCAAAUAAUGAGACAUUCUUGCAAAAAGUACUCGAUAUAGCCCAGGCGCAACAAAUUGAUGGCCAGAUUUCAAGAAUAUCCUUUCAAUUGAUUGGUGAAAGAACCAGUAACUUAUCAAUGCACAGAUUAGCUCUUCAGUUUUAUUCACAUGAAUCUCCUCAAUGUAAAUCAGUAGGCGAUUUUCUAACUCUUUGUACUAAUGAAAUGACGAAAGACUUGUGCGAUGAAGCUCAAGUGAUUACAAAAGAGCAAAGUAAUUGCCCAUUGUGGUACGAUUUGAGAUAUGGAAGAAUCACAGCGUCUAAACUACACGAAUCAGCUCACUGCAAGACAGAUAAUGGGUCACUUACAAAUAUUCAAAAUGCAGGACUUUUUCUCUUACCCGAAUUUCCCAUUUUGGGAGCAUCACCUGAUGGAUUAACGAAACAAUAUAUUGUGGAGAUAAAAUGUCCUAUGAAUGAAAAAUCUUUCAACAGAUUUCUCUCCAAUGGUGUAAUCAAUCCUCGCUGCAUCGCACAAAUGCAGCUACAAAUGUUAUUGACUGACAGAAAAAAAGGAUUAUUUUGUGUUGCUGAUCCAUCCUUCGAAACUACCAAACAAGUUCAUAUGCAGUGGCUUGAAUUCGAGGCAGCAGCAACACAAGAUUUGAUUCAAAGAGCUACAUUAUUUUGGACCAAUAAUAUAUUUCCUAAGAUAAUGUCAUCUGUACAGAAAUAA